GAGCAGCUUCUGCCUGCACAUUGUUUGCUACUUAUGCUGCUUCUACAUCAAUGAUGACUAUGAAACUAUUAAUAUUGAAAGUGAAGACAGCAGCUGUAUGCUAUGCAUCAGACGGAUACAUCUAUUCUCAAGCAGAAAACAUGAGCAGCCAGCAGAAAAAACUGUUUGUGGUGUCUGAUCUGACCUCUUUGCAAUAUUUCAAGUGAGACUGUUUUUCUCAUGGUUCUGAGCAGCAAUGAGUAGACUCAGGUAUUGCUUCUUUGCUGUUCUAAUUUUCAGUGUUUCGCUUCUAAUUUUUUUUUAUGCUGUUAAUUUGAACACACAAAAAUCUCUUUGGAGGCUGAACUUCUCAGUGAAUUCAACAUUAGCAGAAACCUGCAAAGCACUGAUUGAAGACAAGGUGCACUUUAUGAAGGAAAAUGCUUUAGAAACUUCAUCCAGAGAAUCCAGUUGCACGGAGUACAUCACCCGGAAUCACUACAUCACCCGCACCCUCUCGGCUGAAGAGGCCGCCUUCCCCAUUGCCUACGUUAUAACCCUGCACAAGGAGUUUGAGACCUUUGAGCGGCUCUUCAGGGCAGUGUACAUGCCCCAGAACAUCUACUGCAUCCACGUGGAUGCCAAGGCACCGGCCCACUUCCAUCGGGCAGUGCAGCGCCUGCUGGGCUGCUUCCCCAACGCCUUCCUCGCCUCCCAGGCGGAGCGGGUGGUCUACGGUGGCAUCUCCCGCCUGCGGGCUGACCUCCACUGCAUGAGAGACCUGCUGGCCUCGGGCGUGCCCUGGCGCUACCUGCUCAACACCUGCGGCCAGGACUUCCCCUUGAAGACCAACCGGGAGAUCGUCCAGCUGCUGAAGCGCUUUGGGGGCAAGAAUGUCACCCCCGGCGUGCUGCCACCCCCCCACAUCACCUUCCGCACCAGAUAUGUGCACAGGGAGCAAUUAUACUCUCUCUUUUCUUUCAUGCUUGUGACAUUUGUGCGCAAGACACCCCCUCCCCACAACCUGACCAUCUACUUUGGCUCUGCGUAUGUGGCCGUCACCCGUCCAUUUGUGGAGUUUGUGCUGCAGGACCAGCGUGCCAUCGAUCUGCUGGCGUGGUCUGAAGAUACCUACAGCCCUGAUGAGCACUUUUGGGUGACGCUCAACAGGAUCCCAGGUGUCCCAGGCUCCAUGCCCAAUGCAUCAUGGGAAGGUGACUUGAAAGCAGUGAAGUGGAUUGAUAUGGAAAAGGCACAUGGAGGUUGUCAUGGCCAUUAUGUCAGAGGCAUUUGUGUAUAUGGAACAGGUGACCUCAAGUGGCUUUUUAACUCCACCUGUAUGUUCGCAAAUAAGUUUGAGCUUAAAACGUACCCCCUGACUGUGGAGUGCCUGGAGCUGAGACAUCGGCAGAGAACCUUGUCACAGAGUGAGGUUCAGGUAGAACCCAGUUGGUAUUUUUAGCUAGCAACACCCCAAGCUACAACAUCAAUAAAGGUGGUCAAGAGAAUAGCUGCAGCAGUCUUUAUUUUUGCUGUGCUAGAAGCGUAAACCCAAGAGACGUGUUUCUUUAGUGUAUUCUGCAGAUGUAGCUCAGGUCAGCUUAUUUCACACAGCCUGCAAAGCUCACCUUCCACUUAAUGCCCAGAAGCUGAAGUGCAGGAGAUACAAAAAGAGGUACCAGGCCAAAGGUCCUCUUGCAGCCAGAGGAGCUUUGACCUUUUGCCAUUUUUAAUGGGCUGUUUUCCAGCCCAAACUUUUGUCUUGCUACACUGUCAUUGCUAUCUUUUUCUAUAAAAAUAUAAACAGAGUCAUGCAUCCCCAGCAUUUUUCCCAUCUAAAAGACAAGUGUGUACAUUUGGUAUGCAAAA